GGGAGGAGGGGAGGGUGGUCUCAAUCUCAAGCUAAGAGGCUACUUUAGUCUCCGACAUAAGCACAUUCACAGAUGUCGCUGCACGUGUAGAGGCGUCUCACCCGUCACGACGGAGCUGAAGCUACGAGCCACGGAAGAAGAGAAGCAGAGAGGUGCAAAUAAAGGAUAAGGAGGGGGGGGAAGCGGAGCUGGAGAAAGAUAAGGUGUGAAGACAGGAACCGCGGAGGAAAAAACACACUGACGUCUUCCCUCACGCGCCUGUUUUGGUGUGAGCGCGAGAAGAGGAGAGAGGAAAGGGGAGGAAAAUAAAUUCUGGGAGCCUGAUUCCUUCAUAUGCUUUGCAUCCCGGUUUUUUUUUUUCGUUUACUCCCAUCAUCCAAGGUAUGAAGGCGGGUGUCUACUGGCAAGGCAAAAUAAAAGAAGAGGAUGCUUUGACUGCUGCCUCUCUGUCAACAAGGGACACGGAAGAAGAAGAAGAAGAAGAAGAAGAAGAAGAAGAAGUCGGAGACAACACACAGCGGGGACAAAACUAGGAUUUCUGCCGCAUGCGCUGGGAAUAGCAGUCUCACACCGAAGUCUCUGAAUGAGGUCUGGAGCCAGCUUGUCCUGUCUGUGUGAAAAGACAAGGCAGAGGAGCAGGAGAGGAAAUGAUUGGCUGAGGUGUCAUGGACAACGUCAGCACUAGCUCUUCGAGUAUGCAGUGUGGACUUCCCUGCUGCGCAUCACCAGUGGUGCCAUAAUCCAGUUGUAUCUGUGGGUAAUGUUGAGCCAAAUAACCAAUCCUGGAGAUGCCGAAGAGAAGAGAUAUUCUUGCCAUCGUGUUGAUCGUGUUACCCUGGACUCUGCUCAUCACUGUUUGGCACCAAAGCGCUAUAGCUCCACUCCUCGCCAUCCGCAAGGCCUGUCACCACCUAGUAAAAGAGAUCUUUAUCAUUCCAGAGAGGCUUGCAGUCCGCCACCACCGGCUCUCAGAUGACGGUGUGGAGGGGAAGAGGGAGUCAGGCGGCCCGGCUCAGGACUCUAAGGAAUACUGUGCUUCAGAUAAGGACAUAGUGGAGGUGGUGAGGACAGAGUAUGUGUACACACGGCCUCCACCCUGGUCUGAUGUCCUGCCCACCAUCCACAUCAUCACCCCGACGUACAGUCGCCCGGUGCAGAAGGCGGAGCUGACGCGGUUGGCGAACACGUUCCUCCAUGUUCCCAACCUGCACUGGAUCCUAGUCGAGGACUCGCAAAGGAGGACGCCGCUUGUGACGCGACUUCUCCGAGAAACUGGGCUUAACUACACCCACCUCAAUGUAGAGACACCCAGGAACUAUAAGCUGCGGGGGGACACUCGGGAUCCUAGAAUCCCCCGGGGCACUAUGCAGAGGAAUCUGGCCCUGCGAUGGCUGAGGGAGACCUUCAACGCCAACAGCAGCCAGGCUGGAAUCGUCUAUUUUGCUGACGACGACAACACGUACAGCCUGGAGCUGUUUGAAGAGAUGAGAACGACUCGGAAAGUUUCCGUGUGGCCUGUGGCCUUUGUGGGCGGCUUGCGGUACGAGUCCCCCAAGGUCAAUGCAGCUGGAAAGGUGUACGGCUGGAAGACAGUUUUCGACCCGCAUAGGCCCUUUGCAAUCGACAUGGCUGGCUUCGCUAUCAACUUAAGGCUCAUCCUCUUCAAGCCACAAGCCUAUUUUAAGCUCCGGGGGGUAAAGGGAGGCUACCAGGAGAGUAGUUUACUUCGGGAACUCGUCACACUCAACGACCUGGAGCCUAAAGCAGCCAAUUGCACUAAGAUACUCGUUUGGCACACAAGAACGGAGAAACCUGUGCUCGUGAACGAGGGGAAGAAAGGAUUCACAGACCCCAAUGUGGAGAUUUGACCCUUUCCUCCAGGGUAAUUAUUCUCUGUCACAUAC